UGAUGUUCCCAAGAGUAGAGUUGGAAAUUCUCCCCAACGGAGUAGUCAGUCACGGGGAUUCCACUCAGUUAAGCGGCAGGCUCGCAUUCAUCCCUUAGAUCUCUAGAUAGUCGAGCGUAGCAUCCCGAUACAAUCAUGGCCAUCGACGACGAAAGAAAACGCAUUGAAGAUGAGAGGAAAAGGAAGCAGGCGGAGACCGACAGAAAGCGUGCGGAGGUACGCGCGCGUCUGGAGGAGGCCUCAAAGGCCAAGAAGGCCAAGAAGGGUUUCAUGACCCCAGAGAGAAAGAAGAAGCUCAGGUUGUUGCUGCGUAAGAAAGCGGCUGAGGAGCUGAAGAAGGAGCAGGAGAGGAAAGCAGCGGAGAGGAGACGUAUCAUUGAACAGCGUUGUGGAAAGGCCAGGCCCGUGGAUGACGCCAAUGAAGAAACACUCAAGCGUGUGCUACGCGAGUACCACCAGAGAAUCUGCCAGUUGGAGGAUCAGAAAUUCGACAUUGAAUACAUCGUCAAGAGGAAGGACUUCGAGAUCAACGAUUUGAAUAGCCAAGUUAAUGACCUCCGAGGUAAAUUCAUGAAACCAACCCUGAAAAAGGUCUCCAAAUACGAGUCCAAAUUCGCCAAGCUCCAAAAGAAGGCCGCCGAAUUCAACUUCCGUAACCAACUCAAACAAGUAAAAAAGAAGGAGUUCACCCUCGAGGAAGAGGACAAAGAGCCGAAGAAAUCGGAGAAAGCAGAGUGGCAGACGAAGAAGUAGAACCCCUCCAAUGUCAGAGUGGACAUGAAGACUCGAUAUAAUGAUACCAUAAAUAAUAAAAUACAUGAUAAUUUUGCCAAAUACCUCUAUUGUAUUGCCAAGUAACUCUACUGUUAAUAAUCAUUGGAUCAAACCAGGCACCAAGCAUCCCGAAAAACGAGAAAACCGACUCAAAAUCAACAAUUUUUUUUUUCCAGAUCAUUGACAAUUGGCAUGAUACUUUAUUUUUCAAUUUUUUUAACCCAAAAACACUAGUACCAAAGUAAAUAUCACAGUGCUUACGCCUAGUUCUAUGAAUAAUAUAAAUACAUUAUCUACUCUAUCUAGUA